UAGAGCCACAGCUCAAGUUUCAAAGUUAACAUUCAUAAGAGAAAAUUUAGAAUUUUGCGAAACUUGUGCUUUAUACCAACCAAAAACAAAGAUGGCGGCAAAGAAUGUUCCAGAAGUGGUACUAAAUUCAGGAGAAAAGAUGCCAGCCAUAGGAUAUGGAACAGGAACUCCUCCUCCUCUAUCAGCUUUAAUCGAUGCCAUUAAAAUUGGCUACAGGCAUUUUGAUACUGCUUCUUUGUAUAAUACUGAAGAACUUCUUGGCCAAGCUGUGUCGAAAGCUUUAGAGCUCGGCCUCAUUAAAAAUCGCAAUGAACUGUUUAUUACAUCAAAGUUAUGGUGUACUGAUGCUCACCAUGACCUUGUUCUCCCAGCUCUCAAAACCACUCUCAAAAAGCUGGGGUUGGAGUAUGUGGAUCUGUAUUUGAUUCACUGGCCAGUGAGAUUGAAACAAGAUGCAGUAGGCUUUAACUUUACAGGUGAGGAUACGAUUCCCAUCGACAUAAAAGGAGUAUGGGAAGCCAUGGAAGAGUGUCAUAGAUUGGGCUUAGCAAAGUCUAUUGGUGUUAGCAACUUCGGAGCCAAAAAGCUCACCUUACUUUUAGAAAAGGCCAAAAUCACUCCUGCAGUUAAUCAGGUGGAAAUGAACCCAUCAUGGAAUCAAGGGAAACUCAGAGAAUUCUGCAUGCAGAAAGGAAUUCAUGUGAGUGCAUGGUCACCAUUAGGAGCAUACAAAGAUCCUUAUGGUUCGUCUGCAGUGAUGGAUAAUCCAAUUCUGCACAAAAUUGCUGAGGCUAAAAACAAGAGUAUAGCCCAGAUAGUACUAAGAUGGAUAUACCAGCAUGGAGUAACUGCCAUUGUGAAAAGCUUCAAUACGGAGAGGAUAAAACAAAACAUUGAAAUAUUCGAUUGGGAAUUGAGCCAUGAAGAGUCAGACAAAAUCAAACAGAUUCCUCAAACUAGAACCGUAAAAGCAGAAAUGUUCAUAUCGGAAAGUGGACCUUACAAAUCCUUGGAAGAGUUGUGGGAUGGUGAUGUUUAAAUAAUUUAUGAGAUCAUGCUUUAAGUAAUUAGUAUUAUUUCUUGUACUUAAACUGCACCCAUGUUAUCCUUUUCAAAGUUUUACCUUGAUAAUCUUUUUAUCCUAUUAGAAGUGAACCCUUUUAUCUUAAAAUCUCUGAUUGGUAACUUUAAGUAAGAGAAAGUGCCAAUAAUAUAAAGGGUUAAAUGCAAUUCACCCCCUGCCAUUAGGGCGUGUUUCAGAUUUGCCCCCCUGAAUCUUUUUUUUUAAGAAGACACCCUUAUAAAAGUGUAAAGCCUGUUUCACCACACCCUUUUACUACCAAUGCUGACUGGGCGUUGACUGCUUGGAUGACGUGUAACAGAAACCACAAACUGGAAUUUUUGGCAGAGAAAAAUAACAGCAUAAUAAGAAGGAAAAAGAGUUAUAACAGAAAAUCAGGAGGAAUUUUCAUAACACAAAAAAUCGGUUACAACAGGAAACUGACCUGUAACCGGAUCCAUAACAAACUUAUCUUUCACUCUCCAAAUUUUCGCUUCUGAUAAGAAUCCACCAUAUUCAAUCUCUCCCUUGAAGCUCCCAUUCUAUCCAAUUCUCUUUGAAUCUUCAAUCCAGAGUCUUCAAGCACCUCAAAUCUUCAAUCUAAUUCUCAAAGUGUAUUUGGCCCAUGUUUCUAAAUUUGAUAUCAAAUCAGCCCCGUAAAACCGACAUCAAACCGAACCGGUCCACAAAACCAAACCUGCAUCAAAAGAGCCUGCAUCAGUGACUCAUCAUCAUCAUUCAGCUCCUCCACAAUUUCUUCCUCCACCAUUUUUCGUCAACCUUCUCCCUUUUCACUCCCAUUCAUCCACCUUCCACUCUUCAUCUUCUUCACAAAUCUUCAAUCUUCUUCUCCCUCUCUUGGCCUUCAGAACCUCCUCUCCACCACCAUCACUUUAGAUCGUUAUCAAUAUCAUAACUUCAACACGCAUCAACGCAUCUUCUCUGCAACGCUCAACAAUCCUCCUCACUAUUCUUCACCGUGAACAAUACCAACGCCACACAACGCUCUUCCUCACUGCGAACAACAACAACAACAACAUUUCAGAUUCAGAAACAAGCAAACCGAAGAAAGAGAAGAUUCGCAGGAUGGUGAAUUGAGAACGAGAGCGGAGAUCAAGAUAUACCUGAGUUUCAAUUAGGCAUGAAUAUGCGGUGCUCGUUUUGAAGCACCGUCGGAACGACUCCGGCCGAAUCAGAGAUGAGAGACCGAAUUUUAUUACGUAAAGGAGAUUUGUAAUUGAAAGACGGGUCAAGCAGAUAACAUCGUCGAUGAUAGAGAGCUCGAGACAAAGAGAGUUUGAGAAGGAUAUGUCGCUCCCUUUCUUGAUUAUGGUGGCCGGAGACUCAUCGGGGAUGGAAUUGAAACUGGUACGAGCAAUUUUCAGUUUGGGGGAGAAAGAAAACCCUAGAAAUCUAUUUAUUUUUAAGAAGAUAACACAGUCAGCAUUAUUCCUUUGCCACAUCAUCCAAGCAGUCAACGCCCAGUCAGCAUUGGUAGUAAAAGGGUGUGGUGAAGCAGGCUUUACACUUUUAUAAGGGUGUCUUCUUAAAAAAAAAGAUUCAGGGGGGCAAAUCUGAAACACGCCCUAAUGGCAGGGGGGUGAAUUGCAUUUAACCCUAAUAUAAAAAUGUACAAUUGUAUCUCAAAAAUAUUGGUUGGUGAUUGCUAGUCAUGAACAACAAUAUAACUUGACGAUAUUUUGAGGGAAGACCUAACUUUUGGUUGGUGAUUGCUAGUCAUGAACAACAAUAUAACUUGACGAUAUUUUGAGGGAAGACCUAACUUUUGGUUGGUGAUUGCUAGUCAUGAACAACAGAAAUUUUUACCCGAGUCACUUAUGGAAAAAAACAUACAAUAACACCAAUACACAGGGAAUAUAAAAUUCUCUAAAUUUAUAAGAAUUUUGAGGAUCAACAACAAAUCGAACAAAUAAAGACACAAGAGAACACCAAUACUUUAACAUGAAAAUUCCUUCAUUAUAAGAGUAAUAACCACGAGUCGUUCAGACAAACAAAUAACUCCCCUAUAAUCAAACACUAGGUAAGACCCGCGCAAUGCGGUGAUGCAAAUUAGUUUUAAUAUAUUUUGUGUUGAACUUUUUAAUUAUUUUAAGAUUGUUUUUUACAACUAUAGUCGAUACAUUUAUAAUAUAAUAAUUUAUCAUAAAUUUUCUUAAAACACAAUCAAAAUUAUUUUAAACAUCUAUAGUGGGAGAAUGUAUUUGGUUGUGAGUGGAUAAGGUAUGUGAGAUGAAGAGUUUCUUAGAAGGUGGAUUUGAUGGAAUUUGUUGGAAAUUUGAAUUUGAUGCAAAAUAUCUAGUGUAAUGCACUCCAAAUUUCUGAUACAUUAUGAAACUAGUUUGAAUUUGAAGGUGU